GUCGAGAAAAGUGAAGACGUGGAGCAUGGACGGCCCAAUUCAAUUCAACUCCCCAACCAACAUCUAUUGACCUUCGCCGACCAUCAGCCGGAUCACAUCAUCGUGCACCUUCCUUCCUCCGCCUGCCCCGUUGCCGGCGACCACCGAUCUCACCUUUUCGAAUAGAAUUGAUGGACGGCGUACCGGCCGCGGCGGCGCUGAAGGCGGUGACUCUGACCCACGUCCGUUACCGUCGGGGUGAUUCCUUAGGUCACUUCCUGGCGUGGGUCUCUCUCAUCCCGGUCUUCAUCAGCCUCGGCGGAUUCGUCUCCAACUUCAUCUUCCGACGGGAGCUUCAGGGCGUCUUCUUCGCCUUCGGCCUCCUUCUCUCCCAGGUACUCAACGAACUCACCAAGUCCUCUAUCCAGCAGUCGCGCCCCUCCGCGAUGUGCGCUGUUCUCGAGGUAUGCGACUCCCACGGAUGGCCCUCUAGUCACUCCCAGUACAUGUUUUUCUUCGCCUCCUACUUCACGCUCCUCUGCCUCCUCAACGGGGCCGGCGUCUCCUCUCCCCGCUCGAGGCAUCUCCUCGCUCUUCUUCCCUGGCCUGCGGCCUUCCUCACCCUUUACUCCCGCGUGUACCUAGGGUACCACACCGUUGCCCAGGUAAUCGCUGGAGCGACGCUUGGAAUGGUACUCGGAGCUGCGUGGUUCUGGAUAGUAAACACGAUGCUCGUGUAUUACUUUCCGGCAAUUGAAGAGAGCGCGAUUGGGAGGUUCCUCUACAUCAAGGAUUCCUCACACAUCCCCGACGUGCUCAAAUUCGAGUAUGACAAUGCAAGGGCUGCUAGGAAGAAAUUGGCCAUAGAUUGAAAUUGGAUCUCUGUUUAUUGUUUGUGCAAUAUAUAGGUUGACUUAAACUCAACAAGCAGAAGCACACAAGAAACGGAAUGUCCAAAGGCACAUUGGGAUCUUAAAAGAUUAUCUUGUUCCUGCUCUUCUUGCUUCUGCUAAUUGUAUUGUGUGACCUGAUGAUGGCUUUAAGACAAGUGAAUCGGGUUUUCCUAUAUUUAUUAUGAUAUUGUCUUCCACUUAAUGGCGUCUGCAUUUGAAAUUUGACAAGGGAUAAUUGGUAUUUGAAAUAUGGCAUUGAUAUUUCUCUUA